AUGUGGAGAGCACUGUUAGUGAAACUCCUCCUCGUCUUCACUUGCUGUGUUAGCUGGUGCCACUCUGAGGGAUGUGAGUUGGGGCAAUUCCAGUGUGGGACAGGACGCUGUAUCCCAAACGACUGGCAUUGUGACGGGACAUCUGACUGUAUUGAUAACUCUGAUGAACAAGACUGUCCUCCUGUGACUUGUGGUAGUCUCUUCCAAUGUCUAAGUGAUGGAGACUGUAUCUCUGCACUGUGGGUGUGCGACGGUGAGGAGGAUUGUGAGGAUGGCUCUGAUGAAAGACAAAAUUGCCCUGGACGGACAUGCACCAGUGAGCAGUUCACCUGCAGUGAUGGGUCGUGCAUCCCAGCUGACUACCACUGUGAUCGCCUGGCUGACUGCUCGGAUGGGUCCGAUGAGAGAAACUGCCAUUACCCAGCGUGUCCAGAGCAGAGGUGUGCCAAUGGGGCCUGCUACAACCACACUCAGCGAUGUGACCAGAUCCUGGACUGCCGUGAUGGCACAGAUGAGGCAAACUGCACACAACACUGCAAUUCUGGACUCUUCCCUUGCCAUAAUGGAGCGUGCGUUCCUCAGCGCUAUGUUUGUGAUCAUGAUGAUGACUGCGGAGACAGAAGUGAUGAGAUAAACUGCACAUAUCCAACUUGCAAAGGGAACUACUUUACAUGUCCCAGUGGCCGCUGUAUUCACCAAGUGUGGCUUUGUGAUGGAGAGGAUGACUGUGAAGACAACGCAGAUGAACGAGGCUGUGAUAAUGUACCAAGUGAGUGUUACCCUGGUGAAUGGGCUUGUCCAUCAUCGGGGGUCUGCAUACGCAUGGAUCAACUUUGUGAUGGGGUGGUACACUGUCCAGACGGAGAAGAUGAAACCAACACUACAGUUGGCCGCAACUGCAGUAUUUGGAGAUGUGCCUCUCUGAGUUGUGAGCACCGGUGCCAUGCUUCUCCUGCUGGCGGUGCCUGUUCAUGUCCCUCUGGAUACAUUGUCAGCAACAACUCUCGGUCCUGCACAGAUUUUGAUGACUGCUCAAUGUGGGGAGCGUGUGACCAUGUGUGUGAAGACAGAGCUGGUUCUCAUCACUGCAGCUGCCAUCAGGGAUACACAUUGGAGCAGCAUAGGUAUUGCCGUGCAAAUGUAACAACUGGAGCCCCAUCUCUGUUGUUUUCAAAUGGAAGAGACUUGUUAAUAGUGGGAGUGGACUUCCAUUAUAAUCUUCGAAAGAUAUUCUGGUCGGACACUAUUCAGAACAAGGUGUUUUCGGUGGAUAUGGACGGUUCUAACGUGCAGGUGGUUUUGAAUGUAUCAGUUGACUACCCUGAGAAUCUGGCGGUGGAUUGGGUGAACAAUAAACUGUAUGUGGUGGAGGCCAGUGUCAACAGGAUUGACAUGGUGGACUUUGAUGGAAGUAACCGGGUCACGCUCAUCACUGAAAACCUUGGAAAUCCUAGAGGGCUGGCAGUGGACCCCACAGUCGGGUAUAUUUUCUUCUCUGAUUGGGAGGCACUAAAUGGACAGCCAGGUCUGGAACGGGCCUACAUGGAUGGAACCAAUCGUUACGGCAUAAUAAGGAGUAAACUGGGCUGGCCUGCUGGUAUCACAGUUGAUAUUGAGGCACAACGCAUUUACUGGGUUGAUAGCCGCUAUGACUACAUAGAGACAGCUACAUAUGAUGGUCUUUAUAGGAAAACUGUAGUGCAUGGAGGAGCUGCAGUCCCCCAUCCUUUUGGCAUCAGUCUGUUUGAACACACGGUCUAUUUCACAGACUGGACAAAGAUGGCUGUGAUGAAAGCUAACAAGUUCACUGAUUCUAACCCUCAAGUUGUGUACCGCACAGCGCAGACUCCACACGGUGUAGCUGUCAUCCAUCCGCUCAAACAGCCAAACGUGUCAAACCCGUGCAGUGCCAAUAGAGGCGGCUGCGAGCAGAUCUGUGUCCUGAGCCACAGGAGUGACAACGGAGGACUUGGGUACCGAUGUAAAUGCCGAAUGGGGUUUGAUCUUCAUUAUGACGGAAAGAGAUGUGUUGGUGUUCGGCAGUUCCUGCUGUUCUCUAGUCAGCUGGCUGUAAGAGGAAUCCCCUUUAACCUUUCCUCUCAGGAAGACAUUAUCUUGCCAAUUACCGGGGCACCGUCCUACUUUGUUGGGGUGGACUUUAGUGCGGAAGAUGAUGCAAUAUUUUUCUCAGACACUACAAAGGAUAUUAUCUACAAACAAAAUGUAGAUGGCAAUGGCAGGGAGGUAUUGGCAGCCAAUCGUGUGGAAGGAGUGGAGGACCUGGCUUAUGACUGGAUCUCAAAAAACCUUUACUGGACAGAUCCCAGAUACAGGAGCAUAUCUGUCCUGAAGCUGGCAGACAAGUCCAGGAGGGCCAUUGUACAAAACCUUAACAACCCCAGAGCUAUUGUGGUGCACCCUAUCCUCGGGUAUAUUUUCUGGACAGACUGGUACAGACCAGCGAAGAUUAUGAGGGCUUGGGGUGACGGGUCACACGCCUUGUCAAUUGUAAAUACAACUCUUGGUUGGCCAAACGGUCUAUCCAUUGACUGGAGUGCAAUGCGUCUUUAUUGGGUGGAUGCCUUCUUUGAUAAAAUUGAGCACAGUAAUUUUGAUGGACAAAAUAGGCUUUCUUUGGAUCGUAUCACUCAGAUCUCUCAUCCCUUUGGCCUGACUAUUUUUGAAGACUACGCAUACUUUACUGAUUGGCGACUGGGUGGCAUUGUGCGUGUGCGCAAGACUGACGGUGGGGAGAUGGUAAUUAUAAGACGAGGAGUCAGCCACAUCAUGCAUGUCAAGUCCUUCAACUCCAACUCACAGAUUGGUUCAAAUCUUUGCAACAGAGACACAAAUCCAAAUGGGGACUGCAGCCACUUCUGUUUCCCAGCUCCUGACUCCCGCAGGGUGUGUGGAUGCCCAUAUGGAAUGAAGCUAUCACCAAACCACCAAACAUGUGUUGAAGACCCUUCCAAUGAGCCCCCCACCUUGCAAUGUGGAGUGAACUCUUUCUCCUGCGGCAAUGGUAAAUGUGUCCCAUUCAGCUACAGAUGUGACGGUGUUGAUGACUGCCAUGACAACACAGAUGAAGUCAACUGCGGAGUUCAUAACUCUACAUGCUCCCCCUCUGCAUUCACCUGUGCAAACCAGCGCUGCGUUCCUGCUUCGUGGCGUUGUGAUGGCCACAAUGACUGCUUUGACAACAGUGAUGAGAGUAGCUGCCCUACACUCGUGCCAGGGACCUGCCCCGCUAAUCAGUUUGCCUGUGCCAACCAGCGCUGCAUCCCACAUACCUGGCGCUGUGAUACAGACAAUGAUUGUGGAGAUAGUUCAGAUGAAGACAAUUGCCAUACUGGUGGCACCUGUUAUCCCGGACAGUUUCAGUGCCCUGACCAUCGGUGUAUAGACCCCAAUUAUGUGUGUGAUGGCGACAGGGACUGUGUGGAUGGAGCAGAUGAGCAAGGAUGCAUUUAUAACUGCACCUUGAAUGAGUUUAAGUGCGCUAAUGGCCACCAGUGCGUCAACUCUUAUUACAGAUGUGACGGGGUCUUUGACUGUAACGACCGCUCAGAUGAAAGAGGCUGUCCUACACGGCCUCCCGGAAUGUGCCACCAAGAAAAUGAAUUUCAGUGCCAAUCGGAUGGAAGUUGUGUGCCCUCAGGCUGGGAGUGUGAUGGGCACCCGGACUGUGAGGACGGCAGUGACGAGCACCACGCCUGCCCCCCUCGUACCUGCCCCUCCACAAUGUUCCGCUGUGACAACGGCAACUGCGUGUUGCCCAGCUGGAUUUGUGAUGGAGACAAUGACUGCAGAGAUAUGAGUGACGAGCAGGACUGUCCUACUCCUCCUUUCCGAUGUCCGAGCUGGCAGUGGCAAUGUCCUGGGCACAGCGUAUGUGUCAACCUCACCAGAGUGUGUGACAACACCCCUGACUGCCCCAAUGGGGCUGACGAGUCUCCGCUCUGCAAUGAGCCCUUACCAGAUCAGGAAAGCUGUUCAGACAACAACGCAGGAUGCACUCAUGGUUGUAUCCAAGGCCCUUUUGGGGCCCAGUGCACCUGCCCUUUAGGGUUCCAACUGAGCAAUGACUCUAAGACAUGUGAAGACAUGGACGAGUGUAACCCUCCAGGACUGUGUAGCCAGCAUUGUUUCAAUGACCGAGGCUCCUUCCGCUGCCACUGUGAAGACGGUUACACCCUGGAGGCAGACCAGCGGACCUGCAAGGCCUCAGAUUCCCGACAAGCAUUCCUGCUGGUGGCCAGUCGAAAUCAGAUCAUGCAGGACGACAUUACGAGCCAGCCCAAUGUAGUGCGCUCUGUGGUUCGUGAUGGACGCAAUAUUGUGGCCAUUGACUUUGAUUCAGUAACAGACCGGGUGUACUGGUCCGAUACGAGCCAGGAUCGAAUCUGGAGUGCUCAUAAAAAUGGAAGUGACAGGACAGUGAUAUUUGACAGUGGGGUUACAGUAACUGAGAGCCUUGCAGUGGAUUGGGUUGGAAGAAACUUGUACUGGACAGACUAUGUUUUGGAAACAAUUGAAGUAUCUAAACUGGAUGGCACCCACCGCACUGUGCUUGUGAGUGAAAAUGUUACAAAUCCUCGUGGCCUUGUGCUGGACCCAAGAGACAGCACUCACCUGAUGUUCUGGACUGACUGGGGCCGAAACCCACGCAUUGAGAGAGCCAGCAUGGAUGGAAAGUUGAGGACUACAAUUAUAAACAACAAACUCUACUGGCCAAACGGUCUCACUAUAGACUACCCAAACAGAUUGCUGUAUUUUGCCGAUGCCUACCUGGAUUUUAUUGAUUACUGUGACUAUGAGGGAAUCAACCGAAGGCAGGUUCUAGCCAGUGAUCUGGUACUGCAACACCCCCACGCUAUUACCAUUUUUGAGGAUUUUGUGUAUUGGACUGACAGAUACAUUAAUCGAGUGAUGCGAGCUCACAAGUGGCAUGGGGAGAAUCAGACAGUGAUGCUCUUCAACCUCCCUCAGCCCAUGGGCCUGGUCGCAGUGCACCCCACGAGGCAGCCGGCAGGGGAAAAUCAUUGUUUAAGGAGUCGUUGUUCUCAUAUAUGCCUGCUGUCGGUGCUGGGACCAGAUCACUUUACCUGCGCAUGCCCCUCAGGAUGGACUCUGGCAUCAGACCAAAUAAACUGCUUGAGAGAUGAGGAUCCAUUCUUGAUUGUUGUAAGAGACAGUGUCAUUUAUGGCAUUUCCCUAAAUCCUGAUGACAAGAGUAAUGAUGCAAUGGUUCCUGUGGCUGGUCUCCAAAAUGGUUAUGAUGUUGAUUUUGAUGACAGUGAACAUACUAUCUAUUGGGUGGAGCAUCCAGGUGAAAUACAUAAAGUCAGGUCUGAUGGAACAAACAGGACAGAGUUUGCCCCUGCUGCCAUUCUAGGCUCUCCUGUUGGUCUAGCCUUGGACUGGAUGACUGAGAAUCUAUACUACACCAAUCCAACCACACAGUCUAUUGAGGUUUUAAGGCUGAGAGGAGAGAUACAGUAUAGGAAAACUCUGAUCACAAAUAACGGCUCUCCUACUGGCGCUGGGAGUCCUGUUGGCAUAGCAGUGGACCCUGCACGUGGCAAACUCUAUUGGACAGACCAGGGUACAGAAAGCGGCAUCCCCGCUAAGGUGGCUUCUGCAGACAUGGAUGGCCAAAAUCCUGUCAACUUGUUCAUCAAUAAUUUAGACCACAUUGAAUUCCUCACUGUGGACAUUAAGGACAAUAAGCUAUACUGGGCUGUAACCAGCACUGGCAUGAUUGAACGUGGCGACCCAGAUGGUUCUAACCGUAUCACUAUAGUGAUGGGUUUGUCUCACCCCUGGGGUGUGACUGUCUACCAGAACCACCUGUACUUCACUGACAGAGAUUUUGAGGUCAUUGAGCGAGUGGAUAAAUCCACUGGUGCUAACAGAGUUGUGUUUCGUGACAAUGUAUCUGGACUCAGAGUUUUAAAAGUACAUUAUCGAGAGACCUCUUUAGGGACAUCAAAUGGCUGCACAAACAAUGAGGGGUCUUUUGUUGUCAUCUCGACUCUGUCUGCAAUCAAAGGCUUUAGUAUGGAUGGAUCUGACCAUUCAGAGACCAUGGUGCCUAUAGCUGGGAGAGGCCGUAAUGCGCUACAUGUUGAUGUCCACAUGGAAUCUGGCUUCAUCUACUGGUGCGACUUCAGCAGUACAGUAGCUGCACAGAAUGGCGUCAGACGUGUAAAGCCAGACGGCUCAGGAUUACGCAGCGUUAUCACAUCUGGUAUUGGACGCAAUGGAAUUCGAGGCAUUGCUGUCGACUGGGCAGCAGGUAACCUAUACUUCACAAAUGCCUUCCUGACAGAAACAUAUCUAGAAGUUCUUCACAUCAACACCACGUUCCGGAGAGUACUUCUGAAAACCCAAGUGGACAUGCCUCGACACAUUGUGGUGGACCCCAAAAACAGAUUCAUAUUCUGGGCUGAUUAUGGUCAAAAUCCUAAAAUUGAGCGAGCUCUUUUGGAUGGUACUAACCGAACAAUUUUAGUGUCUUCAGGAAUAAUCACCCCGCGAGGUUUAGCUCUGGACUGGCAGGCUGGUUAUGUGUACUGGGUGGAUGAUUCGCUGGAUAUGAUUGCUCGAGUUAGCUCUAACGGAGGAGAUACUGAAAUAGUCAGAUAUGGCAGCCGUUAUCCCACUCCUUAUGGGAUUUCAGUAUUUCAGAACAGUAUUAUUUGGGUAGAUAGAAACCUCAAGAAGGUUUUUCAGGCAAGCAAAGAACCAGGUAACACAGAACAGCCGGCUGUCAUUAGAGAUAAUGUCAACAUGUUAAGAGACAUCACCAUUUUUGACAAACGAAUCCAGCCCACCACUGCAGAAGAGCUCAAUCACAACCCCUGCAUGAUAGACAAUGGGGGCUGUGCCCACUUCUGCUUUGCUCUCCCAGAGUCUGGGACAGGUCUCCAGAAUAAGAAAUGCAGCUGUGCUUUUGGAGACCUUGCUGCAGAUAAUACAAGCUGUGUAGUGUCUCGGGAUGAUUACCUCAUUUACACCACAGAGAGCACUGUGCGCAGCUUGCGACUGAAUCCUGAAGACCAUGCGCUGCCUUUUCCUGUUGUUAAUGUCCCCCGUACUUCAGUUGCACUCGAUUUUGACCUGGCUGAGGGAAGGAUCUACUUCACACAAAGUGUGGGAGCAGGAGCCAGCAAAAUAAGCUACAUGAGUCUGACUUCCCCAAUAUCAGCCGCUGUAGAAGUGGCCUCGGAUCUUGGAGCUCCUGAUGGGAUUGCUUAUGACUGGAUAAACAAAAGAAUUUAUUACAGUGACUUUGUGAAUCAGAGCAUCAGUUCCAUGGCUGUGGAUGGCUCACAGAGAACUGUUAUUGCUCAUGUUUCUAGGCCAAGAGCUAUCAUGCUGGAUCCCUGCAGGGGAUACAUCUAUUGGACAGACUGGGGAACUCAUGCUAAGAUUGAACGUGCCACGUUAGGAGGAAACUUCCGUGUAGACAUUAUAAACAGUAGUCUGGUGUGGCCUAAUGGACUAACAUUGGACUAUGAAGAGGAAAGGCUGUACUGGGCAGAUGCCAGCUUACAGAAGAUUGAACGAUCCUCUCUGAUGGGCUCUGACCGUGAGGUCAUUGUAAGCACUGCCGUUUACCCGUUUGCAAUGACAAUGUUCGGCCAGUUCAUCUACUGGACAGACUGGAACACCCGCAGCAUUUACAGAGCGAACAAACAUGAUGGGUCCGACCAGGUAGUUAUGGUACAGAACCUUCCGUCUCGACCAAUGGACAUCCAAGUUUUUGCCAGUCGCAAACAACAGCAGUGCAACAGUCCUUGCCUUCAGUUCAAUGGAGGCUGUAGUCAUAUCUGCACACCUGGACCCAAUGGAGCUGAAUGCCAGUGUCCAUCAGAAGGUCGCUGGUACUUGGCUGAUAACAAACAUUGUAUACCUGACAAUGGGACUCGCUGCCAACCAGGCCAGUUCACCUGUAUGAACGGCCGCUGUAUUCGUGCCCAGUGGAAAUGUGAUAAUGACAAUGACUGUGGAGACAGCAGCGACGAAUUAGAGCGAGUGUGUGGACCCAAAAUCAAAUUGAAAACAUAUGUCCCUCCGAUGCUAUCAUCUUUUAUUAGCUUGUCAGCUUUUCAUACGUGUGAUCCCACGGUCUUCACUUGUGGCAAUGGACGCUGUGUGCCUUAUCACUACCGGUGUGACCACUACGACGACUGCGGAGACAACAGCGAUGAGCAAGGCUGCCUGUUCAGACCGUGUGAUCCCAGUGCAGAGUUCACCUGCAGCAAUGGACGCUGCAUAGCCAAAGAAUAUGUGUGCAACGGAUUCAACAACUGUUACGACAAUGGCACCUCAGAUGAACAAAACUGCCCUGAGACAACAUGUCAACCAGAGCAGACUAAAUGCCAGUCGACAAACAUCUGCAUUCCACGCUCAUAUUUGUGUGAUGGAGACAACGACUGCGGAGACAUGAGCGAUGAAAGUCCUACACAUUGUGCUGCAGCCACUUGCUCCCAGAGUGAGUUCCGUUGUUCUAGUGGCAAAUGCAUUCCCGCUCACUGGUUCUGUGAUGGAGGCGCGGACUGUGCUGAUGGAUCUGAUGAACCCCAGUCCUGCACCACACUUGCUAGAACUUGCAACGCUGACCAGUAUGGCUGUGAUGAUGGGAGGUGCAUUGCGUCAUUGUGGAUUUGCGAUGGAGACAAUGACUGUGGUGACAUGAGUGAUGAGGACCAGCGGCACAACUGUGCAAAUCGCACAUGCUCAAAUUCUGAGUUUACCUGUGUGAAUAACCAGCCGCCACAACGGAAGUGCAUUCCAAUGGAGUGGGUCUGUGAUGGCGACUCCGACUGUGCGGAUGCGCUGGACGAGCAUCAGAACUGCUCACGGAGAUCUUGUGGGGUCAACGAGUUUUCUUGUAGCAAUGGCCUUUGCAUACGCAGCUCUUACAGAUGUGAUCGACGCAAUGAUUGUGGAGACAGCAGCGAUGAGCAGAGCUGCACCUACCUGCCUUGUCAGCAGCACCAGUUCACCUGUCAAAAUGGCCGCUGUGUGUCUCAGGAUUUUGUGUGUGACGGAGAUAACGAUUGCGGCGAUGAUUCUGAUGAACAGGAGCACAUGUGCCACACCCCUGCCCCCACCUGCCCCCCUGGCCAGUUCAGGUGUGAAAACGGACAUUGUAUCCCCGUUCAACAAGUGUGCGACAGAAAUGAUGACUGCAAUGACAACAGUGAUGAGAAGGGAUGCGGUAUCAACGAAUGCACAGAUCCCUCCACUCACAACUGUGACCAUAACUGCACCGACACACCCACCAGCUUCACCUGCACCUGUCGCCCGGGUUACCGCCUCAUGUCCGACAGCAGAACAUGUGACGACGUGAACGAAUGCGCCGAAACUCCACACGUUUGCAGCCAAAUCUGCGAGAACACAGUGGGCUCCUACGUCUGCAAGUGCGCCCCAGGAUACCUGCGAGAGCCCGACGGACACAGCUGUCGGCAAAACAGCAACAUCGCUCCGUACCUCAUCUUCAGCAACCGCUACUAUCUGAGGAACCUGUCCACCAAUGGGGACGCUUACUCGCUCAUCCUGCAGGGCUUGACCAGCGUCGUGGCGCUGGACUUUGAUCGUGUGGAGAAGCGCUUGUAUUGGAUUGAUGUAAACCGCAGGGUGAUUGAGAGAAUGUCUUUCAAUGGCAGCAACAGAGAAGUAGUGGUCAAUGGAGUGCUCCACGGCGAGGGGCUGGCUGUGGAUUGGGUGGCCAGGAAACUCUACUGGGUGGACAGCUUCUUGGACUGCCUCAAAGUCAGCGAACUGGAUGGGCGCUUUGUGAGAAAGCUUGCUGAACACUGCGUGGAUGACAAUAAUACUUACUGCUUUGAGAAUCCAAGGGCACUAGUUUUGCAUCCGAAAUAUGGAUUUGUAUACUGGACCGACUGGGGAAACCAAGCAUUUAUUGGCCGCGUUGGGAUGGAUGGAACCAACAAGACUGCUGUUAUCACCACAAAGUUAGCAUGGCCCAAUGGGAUCACUAUUGACUACACUAAUGACAAGCUCUACUGGUCUGACGCACAUCUUAACUAUAUUGAAUACUCUGAUCUGAACGGUCAGCACAGGCACACAGUUUUCAAUGGCAAUUUGCCCCAUCCCUUUGCGCUGACCGUGUUUGAGGACACCAUAUAUUGGACCGACUGGAACACCCGGACCGUGGAGAAGGGCAACAAAUAUGACGGUUCUGGACGAGAAGCCUUAGUUAACACCACUCACAGGCCGUUUGAUAUACAUGUGUGCCAUCCCUACAGACAACCUAUUGUAAACAAUCCGUGCUCCGUGAACAAUGGCGGCUGUUCUCACCUGUGCUUGAUCAGUCACGGGGGGCGAGAACACACCUGCGAAUGCCCGGACCACUUCCUCAGCGUGGAGACGGGAGGUGUGACCCGCUGCCUCCCCAUGUGCUCCAGCACCCAGUACAGAUGCAGCAACAAUGAACGGUGUAUUCCUAUCUGGUGGAAAUGUGACGGUCAAGCAGACUGUCGAGACGGGUCAGACGAGCCCCCAACAUGCCCCACGCACCACUGCAGGCUCGGGCAAUUUCAGUGCAACGAUGGGAACUGCACCAACCCCCAUCUCUUGUGCAACACUCACCCUGACUGCCCCGACGGCUCUGAUGAGGACCCAGUUCUCUGUGCAACCCACCAGUGUGAAGCUCACCAGUGGCAGUGUGCAAACAAGCGCUGCAUCCCAGAGUCCUGGCAGUGCGAUGGUGAGGAUGACUGCGGGGACCAGUCUGAUGAAGAGCCGGCCCACUGCUCCAGCAGGACGUGCAAACCAGGCCAGUUCAAGUGUCGCAACGGCCGCUGUGUCCCCCAGAGCUGGAAGUGUGACGUGGAUGACGACUGUGGAGACAGCUCCGAUGAACCUCUCGAGGAGUGCAUGGGACCUUCUUAUCGCUGUGAUAACUACACUGAGUUUGACUGCAAGACCAACUACCGCUGUGUGCCGCUUUGGGCCGUGUGCAAUGGCCACAAUGACUGCAGAGACAACAGUGAUGAGCAGGGAUGUGAUGACCUGACGUGUCACCCUGGAGACUUUCGCUGUGAUAACCACCGCUGUAUCCCCCUGAGAUGGAAGUGCGACGGAGACGACGACUGUGGCGACAACUCUGAUGAACACAGCUGCACUCCGCGCACAUGCACCGAGAGUGAGUUUCGCUGCCACAAUCUUCGCUGCAUUCCCGACCGUUGGGUCUGUGACCAUGACAACGACUGCGAGGACAAUUCAGAUGAAAGGGACUGUGAGUUGCGCUCUUGUCAUUCGGGGUAUUUCCAGUGUGGCAGCGGACACUGCAUCGCUGAACGAUUCAAAUGUGAUGGAAAUGCAGACUGUCUGGACUUUACAGAUGAACUUUCAUGCCCAACACGUUUUCCCAAUGGGACAUACUGCCCUUCGUUCCUGUUCGAGUGUAAAAACCACGUGUGCAUCCAGCCUCAGUGGAAAUGUGACGGCGACGACGACUGUGGCGACGGUUCAGACGAGGAGCUCCACCUCUGCUCUUCUAUCCAGUGCGACACCCCUUUUCGUUUCCGAUGUGACAAUAACCGCUGCAUCUACAGCCACGAGCUGUGCAACUCUGUGAACGACUGCGGAGAUGGCUCGGACGAGAAACAGGACAACUGCCUGACCCCGACACACGGGCCGUGCUCUGAGGACGAGUACAAAUGCAGUAACGGACAGUGCAUCCCGCUGCAGUACGCCUGUGACGAGUUCGACGACUGUGGGGACCAGUCGGACGAGCUGGGCUGCCACCAGGGCAGUGGUCACACGUGCAGUGACAACGUCUGCGACCACAACUGCACUGACCUGACAGAGGGAGGCUUCCUGUGCUCCUGCAGACCGGGAUACAAACCCAAGGAGGCUGAAAGACACAACUGUGAAGAUAUAAAUGAGUGUGAAGUCUACGGCACAUGCCCGCAGGACUGUAGGAACACAAAAGGCAGCUUUGAAUGUUUCUGCGCUGACGGAUUUGAGUCGUUUGGUGAACCUCGCGGUACUGAGUGCGCUGCCCAGGGGAACCCACCAGUGCUGCUCUUACCAGACAACGUUCGAAUCCGCCGUUUCAACUUAUCCAGUGAGCAGUAUUCCGACUAUGUGGACAAUGCCGAGCACAUUCAAGCUUUGGACUAUCUAUGGGACCCGGAAGGACAAGGCCUCAGUGUAGUCUACUGGACGGUGCUCGGACGUGGAUCUCAGUUUGGGACGAUCAAAAGGGCCUAUAUGACCACUUUCAACGACCAAGGCAAUAAUCCUGUGAAAGAAGUCGACCUCAAUCUCAGAUACAUCGCAAACCCAGACGGCAUUGCGGUGGACUGGGUUGGCGGGCACAUUUACUGGACAGAUUCAGGGACCAAUCGCAUUGAAGUGGCCAUGCUGGAUGGAAGAUACCGAAAAUGGUUGAUCCACACAGAUCUGGAUCAGCCUUCUGCUAUUGUUGUUAAUCCAUCUCUUGGGACAAUGUAUUGGACAGACAGAGGCAGAAGUCCAAAGAUUGAGUCUGCGUGGAUGGACGGGCAGCACAGAGAGAUGCUGGUGGGUGAGGAGGACCUGGGCUGGCCUACAGGACUGGCUGUGGACUACACCAACGGAAACAGAAUCUACUGGUGUGACUCCAAAGAAAACAUCAUCGAAUCCAUGAAACCGGACGGCACUGACAGAAGAAUGGUCAUAUCUGGAGACAUUGGGAACCCGUACAGUUUAGACGUGUUUGAAGGUCACGUGUACUGGACCACCAAAGAGAAAGGAGAGGUGUGGCGGACUAACAAAUUCGGGAGUGGUCACAAAAACAGGGUACUAACCAUUAACCCCUGGCUCACACAAGUCCGCAUUUACCAAGAGCAUCGGCACAACCUCACAGUGACCAAUCCAUGUAAGAGUGUGUGCAGCCACCUGUGCCUGCUGCGACCCGGCGGCUACACCUGCAGCUGCCCACAAGGGUCCUCCACAGUCCAGUUUGACUCCAACGUCUGUGAUGCAGCCAUUGAGGCCGCGGUCACAAUGCCGCCUGCAUGUAGGUGUAUGAAUGGUGGGACCUGUUACUUUGAUGACGAGGCUCUUCCAAAGUGCAAAUGUCCCUAUGGGUAUUUGGGCAGUUAUUGUGAAAUGGGGAAAGUAAAAGGCGUUCCAGCUGGGACAGCAGUGGCCGUCUUACUAGCAGUCAUUGUCAUCAUUAUUACCGGGGCUCUGGCUGUUGGGGUUUUUCUCAACUACAAACGAACUGGAUCUUUUAUACCAUCGAUGCCAAAGUUGCCAAGCCUCAGCAAUCUGGUGAAAUCUGGAGAUACAGGGAAUGGAGUGACCUUCCGCUCAGGUGAUAAUGUGGACCUUGGGCCAACACAUAUCGGUGUGUCAUUUAUUGACACAGCCAUGCAGAUGGAUGAUCAUUUUGCACUGGAAACUGGCAGGCAACCAAUGACCUUUGAGAAUCCUCUAUACACCAACGCAGCGGGGGGUUCCGGAGACCCUGCAGUUAUUCACGCUACACAGGUCACAGUAAACGUGAGCACUGAUGCGUUGGCAAACAAUUUUGUGAAUCCAGUGUACCGUGGAGAGCAGAGUGCGGCCAUAGUGAAUACUGCGGAAAGCUCCACGGCUGAAAAGGAGUCAAAGUGGAGCCAAUUCAAAAGGAAAUUGAGGCCUGGAGCUACAUUUGACAACCCGUCAUACGCAGAGAUGAAGGAUGAGAAGCCGGUGGGGAGCAACAGGGACCCGUCUGAACCGCCUGCGUUUGUGCCUCCAGUCAAACAGCAGAAGAAGGACCGCCCCGCCACCUUCUCUCCCACCGAAGACACGUUCAAAGACACCGCCACUCUGGUCAAAGAGGACAGCGACGUAUAA